AUGACAGGCCUGGAAGAGGGCGGCAGGCGAGACACAACACAGGACAAGAACAAGAAACCCCGCCGCCGCCGCACUGCCUUCACACACGCUCAGCUUGCUUACCUAGAGAGGAAAUUCCGUGUGCAGAAGUAUCUGAGUGUAGCCGACCGCUCUGACGUGGCCGAGGCGCUCAACCUAUCCGAGACGCAGGUCAAGACGUGGUACCAGAAUCGCAGAACCAAAUGGAAACGGCAAAACCAAAUGCGUCUGGAGCAGUUGCGGCAGAGUGUGGGUGUGGGCGUGGAGAAGGAGCUGCUGGCGGGCGGGGUGGGCGGCGAGAGAAGCUCCCCCGGCGACAGUCUUUCCGUGGUGGCGCCUAGUUGCUGCCCGCCUUACUUCCUGCCGCCCACCGUCGAUCGCUCCUGCUUCAUUACCACAGCAGGACUCUUCACUCGCCUGCCCUACUCCCCUUCCUGCUCCUUGUGACCACUCCCCGAUGUCUGACCCCUCACCUCCCUCCCUUACUCCACGUUAUGACCCUAAUCAGUGACCUGAUCACCUUACCACGUGAUCUUAUCUAUCGCGUAUUACUUUUUUGGUGUUGUUUUAUUAGUAUCUAUUUAUUUUCUUUGUUUAUUUAUUUUAUUUAUUUUCGAGUGAUGGUGGAUUAGUUUAGUGUUUCCGUGAGGUGUUUGUUAUUAAAUAUACACUUGUUUCUUCUUCGUUUUACGGUGUGUUGUGUUGCGUAAAUUGAUUAAUUUCUUUUCUUUUCUUCCAUGUAAAUAGUCUUGUAAACUAUUAUGCUUGUCUUUUUUCCACUUUACUUUUUUUGUACUCGACUGUUGUGUGUUCUAUUUUUCUUCUAUUUCCUCCUCAUUGACAUCACUUCUUUUUCACUUCUCUCAUUGUUCGUUCGGUCACUAAACUUCCUCCUUAGCUACCAUGUUUUUGUUUUAUUCGCUUCUUUUCUGUUUUUUUGGUCUUUUUUAUCACUCACCCAUCCAUCACCCCUCAAAUAAUUCGUUCAUUUUGUUUUAUUUCCCCGAUUUUCCUUGCUUUUUCACUCUUUCCUAACUCUCUUCCUCAUGCCACCGUAUCCAUCCAUCUUUCCCUGUCACACACACCUUCACUUCUAAUCCUGCCUGACAUUCCUUUCCAUCAUAGCAGCUAAUAUUUCUUUCCUUCCCUCCCUCUCACGCAAUACUUUCAUCCAUUCCUCCACUUCUUCCUCACAUAAUAAUUAACGUCCACUAAUGUUACUCUUCCUCCCAUCCUCCUUCUGUCCGCACGCAUUUGUCCCUCCUUUCCACAUCAUAACUAUCUACAUGGAUUUCAUUGACAUCUUGACUCUUUCUCCUCUCCUCUACGGUAUUAAUAAGUCGUCUCUCUACUUCGUUCAUUCAUUCACUUUGUAACUUCCCUUAGAAAUGUAUAUGAAAUUGAUUUGUACAUAUUAACAUGUAUCCAUUGGUGUGUGUGUGUGUGUGUGUGUGUGUGUGUUUUGAUGUGUAACAGUAGUUUUUAUCAUUACUAUUAUGUACGUUAGUAAUGCCUGAAAGUGGUCAGAAACAUUAAAGUAGAUUUCUGAAGAGAGAGAGAGAGAGAGAGAGAGAGAGAGAGAGAGAGAGAGAGAGAGAGUCACAACAUAUGCUAUAUAAAAUGAAUACAACAUGACAAGAUACAUUAUUCACACCAAAUGCUUUAAGAACACAUAAACACAAGAAAAUAAGGAGACCACACGAGACUAGUUGACAGAUGCCACACACUAUAAGCAGCUCCUGAGUCUUACACAAGAACAUUACGUAUAUCAAUGCCUCUUUUUGUCUGCUGGCCAGCUAUUGAGAGAAGCUUCAUUAUAACCAAGAUCCCUUAAUUGCAACUCGCUGGGAAUAAGACUUGCUUGUUAGCUUAUGUAAUGACCUGAACUCUUAUUUAAUAACGAUGAGAGGUUUAAUUAAGGAGGGAACCAGGCUUGACAGAGGGCAGAUGUGGAGAGGACAACCAUCAAAUGUUACCAUAAUAGGAAGAUACUGUUACUAAGAUACACCAGCCACUCUGAAAUGCAAAAAUACAGUAUGCUUCGUGUGUGUGUGUGUGUGUGUGUGUGUGUGUGUGUGUGUGUGUGUGUGUGUGUUACAUUAAGAUGCUGGAGGAGUGGAAGGGAAGUUUUCCUGGGGUGGUAGUAAGAGGGUUCCUCACAUUCACCCCUGCAGGAUAACACAUGGUGGUCAGUCAAGGGCAGAUUAACUAUACAAGGACACUUAAAUAUAUGCCAAAUUCCAAUACAACUUUGAAAUCAGGUCAUGAAUAAAUAAGGAAAUACAUGUGAACACAAAAUUAAUCAUUUGAAGUAAAACCACUUCUCCUUUUCUUUCUACUCUACCUCUUCCUCCUGAUAUGUCAACAGUAAUUGGGCAGUGGAGUUUCUAGUCAAAUAUAAACAAGAGUAGGAGUAAGAGGAAGAGGAGGAGGUGAACAUUUGAAAGAGAUAAAAAUGGCAAAGAUAAUGAGAAAAAGGAGAUCAAGAAAAAUUGAGGAAGAGGAAAAAAAGGUGAGAAGACAGAGAAGGAAGAGGAGGAUAGUACCACUAAAAGGCAUUUAAGUGGCACCUCCUCUUCUUCCUCCACAACACUGGUUAUCCUUCUUUACUGUACAUACUGUGUAGAGAGAGAUGAACUGGAGUGUAAAUAAAAUUAAUGUGCUUGUAUA